AUGUCUGCAGCCAACACUGUGGUCGAAAACGGUGGCCGGGUUGUGCUGCUGGAUAAGUCUUCCUUCUGCGGUGGAAACAGUACGAAAGCAACCUCUGGCAUCAAUGGUGCAGGCACAAAGACUCAGAAGGCCAAGGGCAUCCCAGACAAUGCGGACAUAUUUACACAGGACACGCUCAAAGGCGGCGCCAAGAAGCCUGAGCUGGCCAAACUCUUGUGUGUCAACAGUGCGGAUGAUGUU